AUGUCAUUCCGUUUACAUCUUGUCCGGCACGCAGAAGGCACCCAUAACCCAGGCCACGAUACAACCAUACACGACCCGCCAUUGACAGCAAGGGGCAUUGAGCAAUCUCAAGAUUUAUGUCGGGACUUCCCACAUAAGGACAGUGUUGGCCUGGUAUUAGCAUCUCCACUUCGACGCACUCUUCAAACAGCCCGUCUAGGGUUUCGGCAUUCCAUCGAUGAAAAAUAUUACGCUCAGGGCUCCGGUGCAGGGAUACCAAAUGGCGCCAAGCUUGUGCUCGAGCCUGAUAUUCAGGCACACUCCGCUCGACCAUGUGACUCCGGCUCUGAUAUUUCAGUUUUGCGCACCGAAUUCUAUGAUCUUCCCUGGAAAAUGAUAGACUUGGAUCCCAUAUUCCCCAAAAAGGAGGGUCCUUACGCGGAGGACUCUGAAACUUUGAAGUUACGCGGGGCUCGCAUUCAGCGUCGGCUGGAAGAGAAAUUUCAGGAGUUGAAGGGCAGUAGUCGGCCAGACAUUGUCGUUGUUACACAUGGCGGGUUUUUGAGAUUCGUCAGUGGCAAUGACAAACUUGGAGUUGGACAGGCGAAGUGGAAGACUUUGGUUGUCUCGUUUGAUGAAAGUUCUGGAAUUGUUAUCGAAUCAUCCGAAUAA